AUGGCCACUCCGAUGGUUGGCUCGGUCCAGUUCCAUGGACCAAAACUUACUGAUCGGGAGCUAAGAGAGGCCCUUGAGUAUGACAAGAUUCUCAGCUUGAGAGACGAUGUCUUUUCAGGAAGACAUCCGCGAUUAAAAGUACCAGUCGCUUUAAAUGGCAAACCCGGCCCGCGACCUGUCCAUUCCCCUACUUUGUCCUCGCCGCGAUCCGAGGCUGCCAAGGACCAAUCUGCAACCACUCCAGCGGCUCCUGUUGAGAAUAGAAAUGCAAUCGUUCCAGUGCCAGUGCCAGUGCAGCCUUUGCCAUUACAACAGAAGCCGCUGCAACCAAAUGGGAUACCGCGUCACGCGCCUAUUCCUCAGGCGGCUCCUGCAUCGCGACCGAGCGUUUCUGGGAUUGAUCCCGUGCUCUUGACAAAGUCUGACGAUCUUGUGCGAGCAGAAAUUCAGCUGAAAAGACAGCGAAUUGAACGUGUUCUGCGCGAACAGCUCGACAAUCGUCGGGCCGAGUCCAGACACAAGGAUGCCAGCUCGGGCGCUCAGGACCUUGACCUUUCAGACAUCCUGGCAAAGGCAUUCGAACUCGUCACUCCACUAUCUGAAACAACACUGAAGUGCCCAGAGACUGGUGCUGCUGACUCCAGCGACUCGUUUGAUGAGAAUUCAUUCUACUCAAGUCGAGUGAAUACGCCCAUGGGCACCAGUGAGGGAUCACGCGCGUCAUUCGCUCAUGAUCAACAGGGUCAGCCAAUGGAACUGGACAGCCUUGAUGCUGACGUCUAUCCUGUAGAUUCUCAUAAGACAGCAAAGGCAACGAGGCCAGAAUUUUCGCCGUACAGAGUGCCCGACGCGGCAAAUAGCCUUAACCACCGAAUAGAUGAUGCUCGAAAUCUACCACACGCUCCUCUUCCCAGUAAUGCCCAGUCUAUGCGGAAGCUACCAGAGCAGCAGAUUGACACGCAAGAGAUGCGCGAUUCACCAGAUGAGGAAGAAUAUUCUCCGCCAGAGCCCAUUCCUGCUGCAGAUCUCCGUGACUCUCCACGUACUACUAUCCACCAUGGGCCGUCUCAAGGGUAUCAACCACAGAAUGAGCGUCGUGAACCCGCUCAUAUUCCACUUCCUCCGUCACCAAAUACUGGCAUGCACAUAGUCAGUAACAAUGUGCGCUCACCGGUUGCGCCACAGCCGGCGCGAAUUUCACCACUUGCUAUGAACAAGCCUCCGCCAUUUGUUCAAAACCAGCGCCAAUUGGUACCCGCCCAAAAUGGUCAUGCUAUAGCCUCUUCUAGCCAGCACGCUGCUCAACAAAGCCCCGAAACCGGACAUGGUCCACUUCUUUCCCAAAAACGAAGGAGAGCAGCCGUAGCUGGCGAGGAGCGAGAAGGCCGUGUCGUGUCCCGACGUGCGGUAGAGUCUCCUGAACCGCGUAUUAAGGAGGAGCCUAUCUCUCCACCUCCAUUCACCCACCGCACAGAUCUCCGUCAGGUUGUAGAUUAUCGUGGUCGACAACGCGAAUCUCCUGGUCAUGAUGAGUACUCUAUGCGCGACCCUAGCCAUGGCAGAUAUUAUAUCCGGGAAUCCGAUCAUGCACUGCCGUCACCGCACUACGAGAUCCAGUCACCUUCUUCACCAGUACCCGUCCGCGUAUCGUCUCGAACGUCUCUCCGGCGCCCAGUGCGGGAUGAGCAAGAUCUCAGAAGAGUAGCUAGUAUUCAAUACGCCAGACAGCCGCCGUCGCCGCCCUUGUAUCCUGUACAGUAUCCCUCCAACACUUCGCGGUCGGCUCGCGCAACCUCACAUGCAUUGGUAGAGCGCAUCGCGGACGAGCCGCCUAGAUACUACCGUGAGUCGGUCAGGCCGGUCGCGGCCCAUAAUAUCCGCGAUCGAUCCCGAUCUCCUCAGCCUGUUCGUGAACGGUAUGCUUCCGUUGUGCAAGUGCCUCCCCCUCCCCCUCCCAUGGCUCGCCCUCCUCGACGUAUUAUCGUCGACCAGCAUGGCAGAGAGUAUUAUGUUGCGCCAAAUCCGAUGGAGAUGCGCCACUCUGUCGCACCUCCAAGCAGGCACUCCAAUGCACCUAUUUACUACGAUGAACCUUCUUCGCGGGAUCGGAUUAUCCGUGUCCCUCUUGCAGAUGCCGAGGCCUACGAAGACGGCGGUUAUGUGCACCGCAUGGGACCACCUGUCGGUUUACCGCGACACUACGCCGAGCCGAUUGAGUCUGAAGCGCCAUCCUAUCGCGUCUAUCGACAAAGGGAUUACUCUGUACGUCCAGCCGAGCAGUCUAGCCUCCGAGAAGUAGCUCCUCGCGAAGCCGACUACAUUGAGCCGCGAGCAACUGGGCGUGCUGAUGAUGUGACUGGCCGCCGCGUGAUUCGAACUCAUAGCGUUGUGCCUGGAGGAAAUGCACGGUACGAAGUCGCUCCAGAGUAUGCGUCGCGACUGCAGAGCGUACGUCCGGAGCCCGAAUACGCCGCUGGCUUAAGCCAUCGGCGUGAGGCGCCUGCUCCGCGGAUAAUCAGAGAGGCUAGUGUACGCGUCGACGACGGCCGAAGGUAUGCCGAGUAUGUGCCGGACGAGGAGCGCUUCCACUACAUGUCCCACACGCAGCAGCCCCCAACACAGGCUCGACGAUACGUGGAGGAGCCAGUAUUAGCCGGGUACGGACGCGAGAUGGUACCCGAUACCGCGGGCGCAGGCUCGGGCCACGUGUACCGUUACUGA